AACCUUGGGAGGUUAGAUGAAAUGGUCCUUGGGCCCAGUUGAUUUUUAGUUGUUUGGUGUGCUUGGUGUCUGGAGUGUUGCAGAAUAACAACCAAAAGUUAUAUCAUUAAUUAAUCUAUGCAUAUAUUACAUUGUGCAGUGUGUUUUGAUUUUAAUAUGUAUUUCCCUAUAUUUGUACAUUCUUUACAUAAUUAUAUUACUUAUUCCAAAUGGUUGAGAGCAGUAUUUUCGAUGAUAUUCCCGAGGAGAUAAGUGCACAGCUAGUGUCUUUCUCAGAAGCUACUGAUAAUGUUGAACAGCUUGUGAAAGAAGUUGCCAAUUUUCGUGACACUUCUGGUGGUCAGGCCAAUGAUCUAGAUACUAUUAAAAAUGACCUGGUAUUGUGUUAUUCCUUCAAUGCACUAUUUUUUAUGUACCUUAGGUGUAAUGGUGUCGAAACUAAAAGUCAUCCAAUUAUGCAGGAAUUGGAUCGUGUAAUGGCAGCACUGAAAAGGUGUAGAUCUUUAGUCGAGAAAGAGACCACUGCACGCUUAAAAUUGGAUAAAGAAGCUACAACAAGAAUUGUUAAACAUGCCUUAUGGAAAUCUGCUCAUACGAAACCUAAAAGACGUCGUUUAGAUACAUCUUCAUUGAACAAUACUGCGCAAUGAAUGUUGGUUUUCUGCUUCCCCAUUCAGAUGUACAAAAAUAAAAUAUAACUUUUGUAUUUCUUCAGUUCCUUUUGGGUGUUUUUUUUAUAUUUUUCUUAUAUAAAGUAGCGUACUAGUUGUUAGUACAAAAAAAGGAA